AUGCCGUUGACCCUGGGCUUUGACACUGCGCGGCGAUUGCUGAGUGAGGUGGCCGGGAACAUAUUUGUUGAUGCCCUGAGCUCAAACAAGUACUGGCACUUCAUCCGGUGUGGCGAGGAUGCCCUGACCGUCGAAGUUGCACUGCAAACACGGAGCACAUUCUCUGUCCUCACCAUGGGACGGCAAGCUCACCACAUCUCUGACAGCCAGAAGGAAACGCUGACGCAAACCGUCAACAAUCUAUGCGAGGUCGUCCAGUCACGGCGUCGGUCUGGCAGAUAUUCUGGUGUGGUUUUGAUCAGCCGCCAGCUCAUUGAAACCUUGCCUGAGAUGGACCAGCUGAAAGCCGAGAUCGCUGCGAUCGUCAAGGCCGAGGCUGCGGGCAAGAAUCGGCAGCCGUUCCCGACUGAGGUGGACUCGCGAUUGAAGUCAGACGCCACCAAAGCUCUCUUCAAGCGCUUGCCGCGCUUUGUGCAGAUGAGUAUGAUUCGCAAUCGUGACUCUUCUGGACUGCCCGUCCUGCCCAAAGACUUGGAAGCGGAACGCAUUCUGGGCCGCUUCGUUCAGCAGGAACUUCGCAACCAACCACCUGUCAAAAAGGUAAAGGCAACCUUUGCGCCACGCUUCCAUGCCAUGGACCUGAUGACCAGCUCGCCACUGUCGACGGCUUACCAUUAUAGCCUUCUGCUUUCGACUGCGCCUUUGGGCAUGGGCCCCAACCAUUCCGCGCCUGCUGUUCUGCGCACCGGUCUGAGAACAGGUCAGAACAGCAAUCGCGCUUGUUGGCUCGAAGGUACGCUCUGGGACACACCGCAGCCUUGCUUGUCUACGAGCGCCGAAAUUUCUACGUCGCCUGCUGUGCAGGCACACCCGCCGAUUGACUGCUUACCAUCGCGUAGUAAAGUCGUCUUCGGUGUCGGCCUGCAAGGUAUGCACCGCAAUACGCGCUACUGGGAGCCUUGUGCCAUUCCAUUCACGUACUUGUACCCAGAGGUGCGGCAUGUUUGCGUCUAUCCCCUGUGGUGCGAGCCUUUGACCGGUAUCGUGCCGUUCUUUGCCCAGCUUGGUUCAUGCUUCAACUGA